CGGUUGUGGCGGUUGUUUUGCCGUUGGGGGCCCCUCGUGGUAGAGGGCUUUGAGGCGGCAGCGGCCCUGGCCGUAUGCAGGUGGUGCCGGUCUCCUCCUGCGCUGCCUCGGGAGCUUGUCCCUGGCUCGUUUGGUGGGGGGCUUGUGAGGGGCUUUCCCGCCUGGCGAUGGCCGUUCCCGGCGCGGCCUGCGGCGCGCCCUAGCCCGUGUCUCCGCCGGCCACCUCCGCCAGCAGCCCGGCCGAACCCCGGCUGGAAGCUUCUGUCCCCUGCCCGCGGGGAGCCCGGCCCUUCCGCAGGGGAGCCAUGAGCGCGACGGACCGCCCUGCGGGGACCUCCCCUCGCUCCAGAAGAUACGCGAGUUCUCAGUCUCCAUGUCAGGAGGACCUUACUCCACUCCCUUCAAUCAGUGAGCGUUUGGCCUUUCUCCGCCCUUCCCGGGAGCUGCUAGAAUACUACCGCAGGAAGAUUGCUGACUUCGAUGAGGAACAUGAGGAUUUGGUAAAAAGGCUGGAGAGAUACAAAGAAACGUACGAUGAGCAGCACAAAUUGCAGCAGGAAGUGUGUCAGCGGGAAGAGGAGAUUGCAGAGUUGCAAAAGGCUUUGAGCGACAUGCAAGUCUACCUCUUCCAGGAGAGGGAACAUGUCCUUCGUCUUUACUCAGAGAAUGACCGGCUGAAAAUCAGGGAAUUGGAGGAUAGAAAAAAAAUUCAACAUCUCCUGGCUUUAGUGGGAACAGACAAAGGAGAGGUUACAUAUUUUCACAAGGAGCCUCCACAUAAGGUUACUGUUCUGCAAAGGCCAGUUAAAUCCAGAGAUCCACAUGAACGAAAUGAUACUUCUGCAACAGGCACCAAGAGGAGCACUUCAAAACCAGCAGCAAAAGGAGAGAAACCAGAAAGUCCUGAGAGAUAUCGGAGAGACAAUCAAACACUCCUGCUUCAGGUGGAGGCCCUGCAAGCUCAGAUAGAAGAACAGACACGAUUAUCCAAGGAACAGGUUGAGGCACUACUAGAGGACAGGCGGAUUCACAUGGAGGAAGCCCAGGUCCAGCAUCAGAGGGACCAGGACAAGAUCAAAACUAUAACAGAUAAACUCCGUAAGACUCAGAAUCUCUUAUAUGAGAGUACCCGUGACUUUCUCCAGCUCAAGUUUGAUGCCCGAGCUAAUGAGAAAGCAUGGAUGGCAGAGAAGGACAGUCUGUUGAGGAAACUUGACAAAGAUCUGGAUCAGCUUAUUAUCAGCAAGGAGCCAGGGAGAGAGAAGAAGCAGAGAGACACCAAGAAGAUACUUCGCGCAGAUGAUGGGGCUCAUAAACUCCACAGCAGAGAAAUAAAGUCACUGCAAGAACAGCUAAUGCAGGAACAACGCCUAUCAAACAUGUAUAGAGAGCAGUGUGUCACCCUGGAAAAUGAGCUGGCUAGAAUUCGUGAGGAGGGAGAUGUUGGCAGAGAGCUCUUUAAGGAACGCUCAGAAAAGAUGGGGAAGCGCCUGAAGCUGAUGACUCAGCGAUAUGAGGCCUUGGAAAAACGUCGUAAUAUGGAAGUGGAAGGCUUCAGGAAUGACAUUAAACAGCUUCGGCAGAAGCUGAAAGAUGUAGAGAACCAGCUUUUUAAGGUGACUUUGAAUAUUGGACCAGACCAGGAUCUUGCAAUUCUACAUGAGGUCCGCCAAGGAAACAGACUAACCCGUAAAAUUCAAGGAGAACUAAAAAACUUAAAAGCUAAAAUCUAUGGCUUAGAGAAUGAACUACGGGUCUGCUGAAGCUGAGGUAUUAGCUGACAUCCUAGUUUUAGGAAUGGGACAUUGCUAGGCUGGAGUAGUCAUAUGUGAGAGCAGCUCCUGCCUGUCUGUUUCCUGGUGUCCAGUGAUAGGAGGCUUGAGGAAACCUGCAGUUAAUGUCGUAACAUUUUUCAUGAGCCGCUCCUAACAUGCCAGAUUAUAUUGCUGUUUCAGCUGAGAGAUGGCACCUGAUAAGACUGACAUAGAAAAUACAUGACUGAUACAUAAGGAAUAUGCUUAUGACUUACAUCUUACCUUCACAUCUGUGGUACGGGUCAGUGUAUACUGGCCUUCACCUUUAUUUGGAGCUUGUUAUAAACCAUACAUGGUUAUAAUGAAAUUAAUAAUCAUGGAAGGAUCUAGUUCAGGAUCUGAAUUGCUUGACUGACCUUUUCCUAUGUGAGAAGCAGCUUUUAAAAUGGUUUAAAUUAUUACUGUUUUAGUGCUUAGGCACUUCAGGAUGUAACUGGAAAUUUUCUUUGAAAAAGACCACAUAUAGAAAGUAUGUACUAAAUUUUAUUAUGUCUGACUCUCCCUUUGACAGUAUAAUUAUUUUAAAAUUACUUCCCUUUGCUUGGUUCUAAGCUAAUUGGGACAAACCUGAGUGAUUUAAUAUGGUGGGAAAAGAUAGCCUGUUAUAGAACUCAUCUGCCAUUACCAGCAACAUCUAUACUUGUUUUGAAUGUUUGAGGGGGAAGGAAAUACUACACUGAGUGUCAUAGUCUCAUCCCCUUCUUCGCAGUUUAUCCUGACGCACAGAGGAAGGCCAUCAUAAAAGGCAUCUAGUAUCUUCCUUAACCACCAUGUUCUCUAUCUUUGUAGCUUUAAACAAUAUCAUGGUCAUGUAGCAACAAAUCAUGGUCAGCUUUUGCUACAGCAGUUGUUGCUACUGAACUGGAGCUGAAAUUGGGGUGGAAGAGCGGGUGCCUAGUUGCUACAUGAUAAAUAUAACUCUAGCUGUGUGAUAAUUAUCUUUGUACCAGACAUCAGGACAUCGCAAUUCUAGAAAACAGAUGAAAUCAUGAAAAGGGUUACGACUUGGCUUCAGUCCAGUUUAUAAUUGCAGGUAUUCAUGCUUUUACUGUAGCAUCAGCAAAUCUUGUCCACCUUGUAGAGUGAGAGCAGAUCUGUGUUGGAAAAGGGAUUUCAGUGCCUCUGUUUACUCCUGUACCUUUCCUACCUCAUUAAAUGUGACAGAAGCAGAAUAAUGUAUUUCUGAAGUAUACUCCUAUAGGCUACCAGCACUCCCUUUCCCAUUGAAAAAAACUUAGUGUGUGAGAGCAAGCAGUUUCUUUUGGAUGUGGUAGUGGCCAUGGAGGUCCUCAUUCAGUGUUUGGGAGAGGUGGAUAUGCAAAAGAUGGUUUUGUGCUGUCAAGAUUUGGAGAAAUAAUUGCUUUUACAGUACUAGCUAAAGCAAUGCAGGAGGAAAAAUACCCUUAAGUCCCACUUCAAUUGUGUAUCUCUUUUGUGACAAACUCGCUGUCCCUUAUGGUCCUGUGCUGUGGCUUUUAUUUUGUAUGUGUUCUCGAGGUCAAAUUCAUCACAAACAGACUUUAGUGUGGGUGGCUGACAAUCUGUACCUAGAUGCUGAACUACUAUUACAACUUACAAGAGGCUGUUUUAAAGUAUGUUGCACUAAUUAGUUUAGCUGAAAAUGCUGAACUGGUUCAGAGCGCGAUUCAUGAACAACUUGUAUGUUGAUGCUAUGUGGACAGUUGAGGAAGGUUAUUAAAUAAUGCUGUCCAUCAAUUAGUCUCACUCUUAGUUGACUAGUGCUUUCUCAGAUAAGUCUAGCUAAUUAAAGCGAGUUUGUAUGUGAAAUAACAUGCCACUGGUUUGGAGAUAAGAUAUCAAAGUUAUCACAGGUCCUGGAAGGCUGCUUCUGAAAAUUGCUACGUAGUCAAGCAUUAGCCACUUACUCAGCAAGAUCCAUCUACUUAAAUUCAGCUGAUGGGACGCUAGCAAAAAGGUCUCUUGAACCUAUAGAAAUCAAUGUGUUUCUGUUUAUUUUCAACUCUUCCAAGCUAAAGAAUUGUCUGUGAAAUUACUUUUUCCUCACUUGAAAGCCAUGAAGAGUGUCUGGAUAAAGACUGUAGGCUUUGACAUUCAGUUUGUUAACACUGGGAGGAAAUAUUGGGGGAAGAAGGAUGUAAAUGUUUAAUUUCCUGCCUUCCUUACCAGUAUUCCUUAUUAUGUGAAAGACUGAACAGAAUAAAAUGGCAGCAUUCCUAAUAUAUCUGCUGGUAUGUCAAAAUCAAAGUGCAGCUUGAACUUUAUUCUUACUUUAUUCUUCAUUUGUCACUAGGCUACAAACCCUUCCUAUUUGGAGAGAGGGGUGGUGGGGGAAAUUAUGGUAGUGCUGAUCUGUAAAUCCACUUUAUUUGGAAGCUUGAAUAUUUGUCCAAGGCCAGGAAGUGCAAAGUAUUGUACAUGCUCUUUCUGUGUGACAUCAUGUGAUCGUGUGAAAUGUUGCUUUGUGUUGCCAAAACAAAUGAGGACCUUCAAGCCAAGAAUUGCUUUAAAAAGCCAAGUGCUUUCUACCACUGACAACUACCCUUUAAGAUGUCUGUAAAGAAUUAUUGGUAUUUCCAAGAGGGUUUCCUGAAAAAGUUUCCAAGACCCAUAUUAGUCAAUUUUCUUCAACAAAUUUUGGGUAGAAAACAAAAAAUGGCCUUUACUCCAAAGACUGAUCAGCUUUUUUUGCUAUUUUAAGUUAGUAAUAUGUGACUUGUAUCAUUUCAAUACAACUAAAUGGCAGAUUCUGUAUGUCGGAGUACAGAAUUUGAAAGAUCUCCAAAAUGACUGAUUCUUGGAAUACAGAGACUAUCCUGCAGAGGAUUAUAGGUUAGAACUGGACAAAUGUUCUUAUUGUGAGCCAAGAUACUAAAAUGUUUCUUGCGUAAAUAGGAGAAAAGUGAGCAGUAGGGUAAAACUUUAUUGUUGUGUAGGUAAGGAAGGAGCGCAUACAUUUCAGAAAGGAUGUUGAAAUAUUGGGUAAAGUACAGAACCACAGAUGAUUCAGCAGAAAAGAAAAGGUUGUGCAACAGCUCAUAUUUUAUUACAUUAAGACUGAUUAAUAUACAUGUAUCUUGAAGAUGAAAAACUACCAAAGGCCUCUCUAUCCCAGCAGAGAAAGGUAGAACAAGAACCAGUAGCCUGAACCUGAAGUUAAAAAUGUGUGUUAGUUUUGUUAGUUGUUUCUUUUUUUAUUUUAUUAACAGGAAGAUUGGGCUUUUUCCCCUCAUUACAGCAAGCUGUUUGUGGAGGUAACAGAUUUUCCAUCUCUGUCUUCAAAUAAAAAAAUGAUUGCAGCUCUGGUGAAGGUGGCUUGUUUUAAUAAGUUACUGGGUUUUACACGUUAGAAAUUAAUGAAAUAUAAUGACGUGAACUAACAGGAAAUCAUUUAAUGGUCCCUUCUGGCUUUAAACUUAUGAUUUAUUUAUAUGCAAUAUUUGUAGGAGUUUUUCAGCACUCAUGUGGUUACCUUAAUUAUAAUAUAUGCGGUGUCAGCUCACCGUAGACAGCAAGGUUACACAAGGUAAAAAAACUGAAACAAAAUUUAAAAAUCCCUCAUGAUCUUCCUAUACCUCAACUUGCAGUAAUUCCCAAAUUAAUUGAUGCUGUGACUCUGCUUAGAAAGGCAGAUUAACAGCAGCCACAGAUAUGAUAGCCGUCAGAAUAAAUCUAAAUAAUAGUACAGUAUAUACUUGUAUGCAAUGGCUGUACUUAAAAUUGUUUACAUAAGUAGUAAUACCAGUACAGAAACACACCUAUUUUAUCGGUAUGGAUGGACUCUGUGGGCAGCCUAAUAUUCUGGAAUUGUAAUGUCUGUGUGUAGGCCAGGAAGUAAUUCUUUGAUAAUCAGAUACUUUUUUGAGGCUAGCUGGGACCAACAUCCCUGUGUAUUUUGUUCUGGUAAAUCUGUUCAUAUUUAUGAAAAGCGGUGUCAUCAGACUUUUAAUUACAGCUCACAAACACAUUUAAUUCUGCUACACUUGAAUGUAUUUGUGCCUGCUGAGUCAAUAUGCUAAUAAAGAUGUCUCAUUUGUCCCUAUUCAAAGUGGUAUCACAGCUCAAAUUUUAUGUAAGGACCAUUUUAAGAUUUUUUUUUUUCAAAUUCUGGAUUCUACACCUAGGACAGAGUAAUGCUGGGCACAAGUAUAAACUGGGAGAGGAGUGGCUGGAGAGCAGCCCUGCAGAAAGGGGUCUGGGGAUGGUGGUGGAGAGGAGACUCAACAGGAGCCAGCAGUGUGCCCUGGUAGCCUCGAGGGCAAAGCUGCAUCCUGGGGUGCAUCAAACACAGCAUGGCCAGCUGGUCAAGAGAGGGGAUUAUCCUGCUGUAUUCAGUGUUGGUGCAACCUCACCUGGAGUAAUGUGUGCAGCUCUGGGCCCCUCAAUUUAAGAAGGAUGUGAAGGUCCUUGAAUGUCUCCAGAGGAGGGCAACAAAGCUGCUGAAAGGGCUGGAAGGAAUGUCUAGCGGCUGGAGGAUUUUGGGUUUGUCUAGUUUAGAGAAGAGGUUGAGGGGUGACCUCAUUGCUCCCUACAGCUUCCCAAGGAGAAGUGGUGAAGGGAGGUGCUGAGCUCUUCUCCCCAGUACCCAGUGGUGGGACGUGUGGGAAUGGUUCAAAGCUGCACCAGGGGAGGUUCAGACUGGACACGAGGAAGCAUUUCUUUACCAAGUGGGGAGUCAAACACUGGAACAGGCUUCCCAGAGAAAUGGUCAACACCCCAAGCCUGCCAGUGUUUUAAGAGGCAUUUGGACAAUGCCCUUGACAACCUCCUUUAACUUGGUCAGACAGUUGGACUAGAUGAUCAUUGUAGUUCCCUUCCAACUGAAAUAUUCUAUUCUUUCUAUUUUUUCUGCAAUAUUUUGCUUUUAUAUUCCCAACUUGCUUUGAUUUUUAAAAAAUAUCCCCUUUACCCCCUAAACAGUUAUUCUUAAAUUUGCGAGUCUAGCUGUAGAAGUAUAUGCAUUUUUUUAGCAUAUGGGCUGGGAUUAUGUACCAAAGCGAACUUGGCUGUAGUGUAGAAGGCGUGAGAGGUGAAAGCUGCAAUGAUUCCUUUUGGCUGCUGUAUUCACAGGACUUAGGCACAAAGAACAACGUUUGUUUCAAUUCUUAUGUUGCCUCAAAAGUUUAGGACUUUGUCUGAUAACAGGCCAUCGGAGGUAACUGGA